UUGCAUAAUCCAUCCCAAAUGUGAGCACCUGCAUAUUUGAUUGUAUAUCUAUAAGUUUAAUUUUUUGCUUAAUUUUUUCUGGCCCUGUGAGAUUUUGGAAAUCAGCAGAAGGUGCCUGAUUUAGACUCUGGAUGUGACACUAUGAAGAUGUGCAGGCUGGGAUUGUUACCGAUGCUCCUGAUGCUGCCCUACAUGCAGGGGCAUGAGGAGGACAUCCGAGCUGGCUGCAGCACGGCCGCCAACGACCUGGUGUUCAUCAUCGACGGCUCCUCCAGCGUGGGCGUGCCCAACUUCAACACCGCCAAGCGCUGGCUGAUCAACAUCACCAGCGGCUUCGACGUGGACUCGCGGCACACGCAGGUGGGCGUGGUCCAGUACAGCGACACCCCGCGGCUGGAGGUGCCGCUGGGCGAGCACCAGAGCGUGGCGGAGCUGGUGGCCGCCGUCGACGCCAUCGGCUACCUGGGCGGCAGCACGCGGACGGGCCGCGCCAUCAAGUUCGCCGUCCACCACGUCUUCCCGACGGCGUCCGCCAAGCGCGCCCGCGCCGCCAAGAACCGCAUCGCCGUGGUGCUGACGGACGGCCGCUCCCAGGACGACGUGGUGGACGCCGCCGUGGAGGCCCAGGCCCAGAACGUCGUCCUGUUCGCCGUGGGCGUCGGCAACGAGGUCACCACCUCAGAGCUGGUUUCCAUGGCGACCAGGCCGUCCUCGACCUACGUGCUGCACGCGGAGGACUACACCACCAUCGGCCGCAUCGGAGACGCCAUGGCGCAGAAGCUGUGCGAGGAGUCGGUUUGCCCCAUGCGGAUCCCCAUGGGCUUGCGGGAAGAGAAGGGAUUCGACCUGAUCCUGGCCACGGGGAUCCCCGAAACGGCCCAGAAGGUGCGGGGCUCUCUCCUGUCAGAGGCGGCGUACCUCUUGAGUCUCGGGAUGGACGUCACCAUGGACACCAGGCUGAUCUUCCCCGAGGGUCUUCCUCCGUCCUACGUGUUCGUGGCGACCGUGCGGCUGAGAGCGCCGACCAAUCAGGAGAGCUUUCACCUCCUCAGGGUCCAGAGCAAGAGCGGGUUCACGCAAGCGGCCGUGACCCUGAACGGAGUGGACAAGUCCGUCACGUUCAUGACCACCAGCGUCUACGAGGAGGAGCAGUUCGUCAUCUUCAACGACCGCGGAAUUAAGAGGCUCUUUGACGAGAACUGGCACCAGCUGAAGCUAUUGGUCAAGCCCAGGCGCAUCAUCUGCUUCCUGGACGACGUGCAAAUCGAGGAGCAGCUCUUGGAGCAGACCGUCCCCAUCUACAUCGACGGCCGGACGCAGGUCGCCAAGGAAACCAGGGCGGAGACAACAAUCCCUAUUGAGAUUCAGAAACUGAGGCUGUACUGUGACCCCCAGCAGAGUGAGAGAGAGACAGCGUGUGAAAUCUAUUCAGUCAAUGAUGACAGGUGUUCUGACCGCUUCCUGAAAACAGGAGAUUGCCACUGUCCAAUCGGGAGCCCCGGACCUCCCGGUCUCCCUGGACCAAUGGGUUUUCGUGGUGAAAAGGGGAGGGAAGGACCCCCGGGGCCAGAUGGUAAGCCUGGCAAACUGGGAGCGAGUGGAAUGCCAGGAUCACCGGGGUUGACCGGACCGAAGGGUGAAGCGGGACGGCCUGGGUCCAAGGGACAGCCCGGCCAGAAGGGGCCCAAAGGGGACAGAGGGGAACGGGGCGUUCCUGGGAAAGCCGGACCUCCAGGCCCCAUGGGACCCGAUUGGUCACGGUUUAACGUGGAUGGAAAGGGGAUAACAUGGGAAAAGGGAGGUCAAGAUGGUACAGGGGCACCUGGGCCCCCUGGGCAACCUGGAGUGCAGGGGUUGCCUGGUCUUCCUGGGAACGAUGGGCCAGCUGGGCCUAUGGGACCGAAGGGCGAUAAAGGAGACACUGGGCUUCCUGGGAUUGAUGGACAGCCUGGUGUUCCAGGAAUUCGCGGCUUACCUGGGCAGCUGGGACCAGUGGGACCUCAGGGAGAUAGAGGCCUGCCUGGAAUGACGGGGUCCACAGGACUGAAAGGACCACAGGGAAUUCAGGGUCCUAUGGGUCCAGCUGGGAUAGAUGGACCUCAGGGCCCAAAGGGCAACUCUGGAGAGAAAGGGCCAGCGGGCAGCCCUGGGCAGCCUGGACUAGCGGGGAACGAGGGACCCCAGGGCCCUCGGGGAAUCCCGGGAGCCAUGGGAAUGCCGGGAUUUAAAGGACACAAAGGCGAAUCAGGGCCACCCGGUCCUGAAGGAAAUCAGGGUGACAGAGGCAGUGAUGGAACACCUGGGCGCCCUGGAACUCCUGGUGAACCUGGACUUAGGGGAAGCAAAGGAGAGAAAGGUGUGGCGGGGGAACCUGGAAACAGAGGGGCUGAUGGGAAAAAAGGAGACGCGGGACCACUCGGAGCUGCCGGACCACCUGGCUCUCCUGGCCGAGAUGGGUUACCAGGGCAACCGGGAGUUCCAGGGUAUCCGGGGAAACCAGGAAAACCCCCCACUGAUGAACACUUAAUUAAGCUUUGUUCUACUGUACUGCGGAAUCAGCUGCCGGAGCUCUUACAGGCGAUCACGCCGACCGGCUGCCGGCAGUGCGAGCCGAAACAGGGAACCCCGGGGGAACCGGGGACCCCGGGGCCGAGGGGCCCCCCCGGCCCUGCGGGCUACCCCGGCACAACGGGCUCACGGGGUUAUCCAGGCCCCCCCGGCAGGGAAGGGCUCCAGGGCAUCAAAGGUGAGAUCGGACCAAUGGGAUUAAAAGGGUCAAAGGGUGAAGGGGACACUGGGAUGCCAGGCCCCCCCGGUCCUGCAGGGCUCCCUGGGCCCCCCGGAGUCGACGGAGAGGGACGUCGGGGGUCCCCGGGUAUCCCUGGCCAGUCGGGAAUGCCCGGUAUCCCGGGGAAACGGGGGCCGCCAGGACCGGCGGGCGCGUGCGACGUCUCCCUGUGCUACCAGGCCUACGGCUUCAGGGACCUCCGCUUCAGCAAAGGGCCGAACUCCUAGUGCUGCUGGGAAAUGUAGUACAGUGGGGGAGAGGAGGGGCGUGGCUUCCACCGGACCAUCAAAUCAACCAAUCGCAGAACGUGAACUGUGUGCAAGUGGUCCAUCUGUGGUGGUGCCGUCAGCUUCGAACUAAAAUCGUUCUAGAAGAGGUCGCGAGCUGAAAAAAAUCACAGGACUCCUUUUAUUCUUUUAUUUUGCCAUCUUUCAUUAUGAUUUUGUACCACAGUAGUUUAAAAAGUGAUCAGUAUUUAUGUACACAGACAAAACAAUGUGCACUGCCUUAGUUAUGCUACCUCCAUGCUAGACGCAAGGCAUUGGUCAUUGCAGUGAGUCAGAGGAAUUAUUUUUUAAUUUAAUAUUCCAGGUGGUUUACAAUUAAGAUAUAUUUUUUUUGUUCUCAUUCAUAUUCUGCUGUCAAACCAAGUGAGUAUGUAUGUUUUUACUUCUUUCCCUACAUGGUGUCAGAUCUACAUCAAAACGUGGGUCAGGUAUUUCGCAAUUUUGUAAAUGUCAGAUGCAGCUCGCUGGGACUGAUAAGCCUCCGCAUGUAUUUGUACAUCUUUAUCUCAGAUUAUUGGGGAACAACUCUUUCAAAAUGGACUGCUGCAGUUGCCUGAAACGCUGCGUGCUUGGUACACUGUUAUCUGCGCGGCCUGUGGGUGUGACUGAGCAUGACUCCUGCAGAAACUGGAGGUUUCAAGGGGUUUAUAACCUGAACUCUAAUUUGUAAAUAAAUAAAUGAAUACAUUUCACAACAUUGAGCCAUGCAGAAAAUAAAAUCGUCAAUGUGAAGAACAGGCUCGGGCUGCACGGCUGGCAUGUUCUUAAGACCUUUUUUUUUUUUUUUUUUUUUUAAAUUGGUGGCAUUCUACGAGCCUGUAGCCUAU